AUGCUCUGUGCUGGAUGCAGAGCUGGACACAGGAAAACAGGGUUUGAUCUGCGGGAUGAAGAUUCCAGCGGGCCGCUGGACGUGUCCCCCGCGGGCGCGCAGUGCCUGGAGCACGAGUGUUUCGCCGUGUUCUGGGCGUCCCGCUCCUUCUCCGUCGCCAGCGAGGUCUGCCAGCGGGGCGGGGGGCACCUCAUGACCGUGCGCUCCACCGUGGCCGAGGAGGCGAUCGCGCUGCUGCUCCAGAACCGCGAGGGGCGGCUCUGGCUCGGGCUGUCGCUGUCGCCCUCCUUGCCCUGCACCGUCCCCAGCCGGCUGCUCCGCGGCUUCAGCUGGGUCACCGGCGACCACAGAACCGAUUACACCAACUGGGCGCCGUCGGGGAAGCGCUGCGGCGAGCGCUGCGUGACCGUGUCCCGGGAGCUGCGCUGGGAGGAGCGGCGCUGCGAGGAGCCGGCCGACGGCUUCCUCUGCCAGUACAGCUACGGGGGCACCUGUUUCCGCCUGAGCACCCAGCCCGGUGUUCCCGUCACCUACAGCACCCCUUUCGGCGCCCGCGGAGCCGACUUCCUGGCGCUGCCUCCGGGCAGCGUGGCCGUCAUCGCUGACCUCGGGCUGCAGCUGCGCUGCGACGACGGGGACGGCGCGGAGCCGCGCUGGGGCCGCGACACGCCGGGACCGUGGACGUGCGAGCUGGGCGGCGGCGGCUGCGCGGGGACGUGCGCGGAGAAGCGCGGGCGGCCGCGCUGCUCCUGCCCCGAGGGCGCCGUGCUGGCCCCGGACGGGCGCGGGUGCCGCUCGCCGUGCGAGGGAGCGCAGUGCCAGCAUCACUGCGUGGUGGCCGGGAGCUCCUUCGUGUGCAUGUGCUCCGUCGGGUACCGGCUGGCGGCCGACGGCGUCAGCUGCGAGGACAUCGACGACUGCGCCAGCGAGCCCGGGCCGUGCGAGCAGCAGUGCGUGAACACCAAGGGCGGCUUCGAGUGCCGGUGCCACAGAGGCUACAGGAUGGAGGACGGGCACUGCCAGCGCCAGCCGCCCUGCUGGGACCUGGCGUGCCAGCAGCGCUGCGAGGAGCGGCCCGACGGCGACCGCUGCGGCUGCCACCCCGGCUACGCCGUGGACCCGCAGAGUCCCUCCCGCUGCCUCCCGUACUGCAACACCACCGAGUGCCCGGCCCUGUGCGGCGACGGCGGCGGGGACUGCGAGUGUCCCCUGGGCUUCGUGCUGGACGAGGACGAAAACCUGUGCAUGGACGUGGAUGAGUGCGACAGCGGUCACUGCCAGUUCAACUGCACCAACAUCCCCGGGAGCUUCCAGUGCCACUGUCCCCACGGCUACUUCCUCCAAGACAUCGACUGCAUCCCCAUCCUGGACGGGGACGGUGAGGAGGCGUCCUCGGGGGAUUUGGAGCUGGAGCCGCGCACGCCCGUGCCCAGCCGGCCCCCGCCGCAAGCGGAGCCGCUGCACCCCGGCGUGGUGGUGGGCAUCGCCGGCGGGGCCCUGCUGAGCGUCCUGGCCCUGGCGGCGCUGGGAUUCCACCUGGCCAGGAAGCGCUGCCGCUCCCACGGCUCCAUGGAUUACAAGUACAGCAGCCCCCAGGAGAAGGAGCUGGGGCUCCAGCCCGUCCCCUCCGCACAGAAGCCGUAGGGACAGCGGGUAGGACAGACAGACACUGGACACUGGGAGACCGAGCUGGGUGACAUUUAUCCGCCGCUACCCUCUCCCCCCCGCCGCCCUGUCGCGCCCCGGCUGGAAUUUUUGAACGAUAAUUCGGGAAAAGCUGGGAUCGCAUCACUCCCAGAAAUACCCGCUGCUUCCCAGCCGGCUCUUGGAACGCCGGCGCAGGAGAGCGGGGACAGCAGAACACCCCGAGGCUGCUCCGCUCCCGCUCCUUGUUCCCGCUUCCUCGGCGUUCAGCUUUCCUUUUCCCGAGCCGGCGGUCGGGAAAACCGCAAGGAAAAAUCCAGGAGGGACUGCUCCAUGUGCAAAUGACUCUAAAUCCGUGGGAUGGGAGCACGGUGUGACCAAGGCGGGGACUUUGGAAGAACACCUCCACCCAAACCCCCCUCCCCUGGGCUGGAUGGUGUUCCCGAGCCGGGAGGCUCCUGCUUUUCUUUGGGAUGGGGUUGGUUUGUUUUGAGCUGAGGGAAGGAGGAGCAAAGAUGUUGUGGGAUGCACUUGUCACCUUAAGCCACUGGUGACAGCAGGGACCCGGCUCGGUGUCACCAAGGUGGGACUGAAAUUCCUGAUUCCCAUUCCCUCUCCUUAGUUUUUGCGGGAUGUGGAGGUUAAACAGGGACCCGAAGGCUGCUGGGGUGAAUUUUGUAGGAAAGGUUUGCGGUGCUGCAGAGCCACAUCCAGGUCCUUCCACGACUUUCCGCUGGUGUUGCCUUAAAUUUGAUUGUUGGAUUUUGGAUUUGGAUUUGACCCCUCCUACCCACAGGGAUUUUCUCUGUUCCCUCGUGCAGGGCUGACUCUAGCCCAAGGCAAAACAUUCCCAGGGGUGGGAUUCCAGCAGCCACGGCCUGGGGGGGGGGGGGGAUUCUGAGAACAAUCUGGUUUUCCAGCUCCAUCCUUCCCUGGGGAGCCAAAGGGGGUCCUGCUCCGGCUGCUGUCCGAGCAGCCGCUGGCAGCUUUAUGCCAGUGAAAUAUUAUCCCAGAGAAGUUUUGGAAGGCUGGGAUCAGAACAGGGGCGUUCUGUCCCCCCACAUUCCCCCUUCCCACCCUAUGAACUUCCCAGCAAUCAGCAUCCCCCCUGGAAUGCUAAACCUCCUCUGCACAUUCCCAGGAAAAUCAAAAUGAGGCAUUUGUAGGAAUUGUGGUUUUCCUAAAAGGUCGUUAUCCUGAAGGCUGCAUAACUGAGGGUCCUGUCUCUGGAUCCCUGGGGAUGGAUUAAAGCGCAACCACAUGGAGUGAGGGCUGUAAGCCUGUGGAUGUGCCAGGUUUAUUCUAGGACAGUUUGGCUGCAGUGGGAGGGAGGGAGCUGUUGUGAUUAUCCAUAAUUAUCCAGAAAGAGAUAUCAAAAUGGGUGUCACUUGGGAAAAUAGCCAAGGAAAAGGAAGGGAAAGAAAGGAUAAGGUUUGAGAGUGGAAAGACUUUGCUGAGGCAUCAUCCCAUGUGCAGGAUCUGCUUCCCAUGGAUCUUUCCUUGUUAUCCAGCUCAAACCCCUGCUCAUUCCUGGGUGGAUCCCAGGUUUUGCCACCACACCCCCAAAAUCUCCUCCUCCCCUCUAAUCUCCAAUUCCCACUUCGGAGUUUUAUCUUAUCACAAAUUCCUUCCUUACGGUGAUGCGUUGGAGUCCUGAUAUUCCCAGCACUCCCUGUUUUAUCCUCUCCCCCACCCCGGCCUGCUCCCCCCGGGCCCAUUUGUAAAUCCUUAUUUAUUUAUUGGAAUUUUACCCUGUCUGAUGGAAUUUUUUCAUGGAGAUCCUGUGUGGACACCAAUAAAGUUUUGCCAGUCUGGUUUA